AUGACAUUUCCAAUAACAUAUUUAUCGUAUUUUAGAACUAGCGAUUAUUCUCUAUCUAAUUCUGCUGAGAAUUAUAAUUUUAAUAAUAGCUUAUUUAGCAAUAACGACAAUUAUGUAGAUAGUGAAGAUGAUAUAAAUACAUCAGGUCAUUAUAAGCUUCUGAUCCUAAUUACAUCAAAAAUAGAAGAAUAUCAUCAUCGUAGACUAUUGCGAAGGAUCUUAUUUGGCAUCGAAGAUAAUUUAGUACCUUGUAUGAAAUAUGACACAAGUAUUUAUUACAGGUUUUUGAUUCCUCCGUAUAACGUUAAUAAAAAAACAUACCGAAGUUUUGUGAGUGAAAGCGUGGAGUAUAAUGAUAUUGUUGAAUUUCAACAUUUGUUACAUUCGAAUUAUACUCAAGAAACUAUUCUUGAUUGGACUCAAUCGUUAAAAAAUUCAAACAUAUCGUUUGAUCAUGCUGUACUUCUUGAUGAUUAUUCCAUAAUAAGUCUCGCAAAACUUAAAAUGGCCCUUGUUUCUUAUAAUCACUCUCCAACUAAGCUUCAAAACAUCGUAUGGAGUAACUUUGAUGAUUCAUCCGUUGAUGAUAUGUUUGUAAUUCUUGGUAGUAAAGCUAUUUCCACGAUCCUAGCCAACAAAGAUCUCUUUUAUAACACUGAUAACCGAAACAUAGCGACUCAAGCCUAUUUUUAUAAUAAAAAUGAACGUCAAUCUCUUUCAAAUAACUGGAGUGACUUAUUUUUUGUUAAUGACAAUAAAAGGUUUAUUACAUUUCCUAGUAGCUUAGAUUAUAUUCCUCGAGAUUCUACAAUAGCGGUUAGAAAACUAUACUCAAAGCAUGAGCUCUUAUCAGUUUCCAAAUAUCUAUUAAUUUCACCGGUAUCAGCUUGUCAACAGCAUAUUCCAUCAUCAAUAGCUAUAGUAACAAGCUCUUAUUUCCAUGACCGUUUAAGUAAUUGCACACCACCAAUGCUAGAUGUAGCCUAUAUGACGUCAGAAAACAAACGAAACUAUGCUCAAAGACAUGGAUAUGCAUUUGUUCCAAGAUCCUUGGAAUUUCAACCUUAUCAAUCUUAUAAUCGCAAAUUGAAGAGUCGGGGAAGGAUUGAAGCUGUGAAAAAAGUUUUACCUCAUUAUGAAUGGGUACUUUGGAUUGAUAAUGAUGCAAUUAUUACAAAUCAUGAAAUUUCUAUUCAAAAUUUAUUUAAUCGAUUUUAUCAACUUGCGAUAUCUAAAAAAAAGAAAAAGCAUAAAGCUAGUAAAACUAGUGCAAAAAACCGUACUAAUGAAAAUGUGAGCAAUACUCUUAAUAAGAGGAAUGAUGAAAAAUAUUAUUAUGACGAAGGUGUGUCCAGACCUAAAAAAGAUACUAUGCUUAAUGCUGGUGUGUUUUUAAUUAGAAAUUCAAAUUGGAGUUUUGAAUUUUUAAAAAGAGUACAAACAAUAAAAGAUAUGCACAAUGAUAAAAAGACUGAACAAGCAUCUAUGUGGAAACUCUUAAAGAAACAUCCUACUUUGAGAGAUCAUACAUUGUUGCUUCGUGAUGAUCACAUAUUUAAUACAUUUCCUGAUGUUUGGCAAAAAGCUGAUUUUGUUCUUCAUUAUGCCUCUGAUACAUGUCCUGCUAAAUUUAUGCUGGAUUAUUUUAAAAAGAAUAAGGAUUAA